AACAUUCACAUUUAAAGAGGCUGGAGAAACAGUUGCCUUCUGGAAUCUUCCACUGGAGAAGACCCGUAGGAGGGAAGCGGUGGUUGGAUCGGUGGUGAGUUCAUUCUUGGUGGCUGUGAUCUUUACAAGAUUCAUCCAGAACAACUGAGAAGGGUCCGAAGCUCUUGAGAUGUCUGCCCUUUCCCUAGUGCCCUCUCCAUUUUAGCUCUCUCGUUAAGCAAAGAUGGCCACCAAGCCAGACAGUUGAACAUGCCUGAAGAAUCUUGAUGGCUCAAGCAAGUGAUGGUGAUAGCCAUCACUUUCUUGGACAUCGAUGAACUGAAGUAAGCUCUCACAAAAUUAACUGACUCACACAAGCCAAACAAACCAACCCUUGUCUUUUUCCCCCAUUGGACGUCCACAUCAAUCUCUCCUCCAAGCAAAGCAUGUGUGAAACUCAACACAGUUGAAUCAUGACGAGUGUGGGUAGAUACCUUGGGUGCUGGUUUUUCCUCCAGUUGGCAACCAGCAUUGCAUUGGUGGUCUUCACCCUUUCCACCAUUCAUUGCAGCUCAUUGCGUCCUCCGGCAUAUUCCUCUUCUGAGGUGAUAAUCCCAAGACGGUUAGCAGCCCAAGGAGGGAAGACAAAGAAGGAUGAAAUAUCUUACAUCAUCGAGGCAGCAGGAAGGGAUUACAUCAUCCGGCUCAACCCCCCAAAGCAUUUGCUAGCUAAAGACCUUCCAGUCUUCACAUAUAAUUCAAAGGGGGAACGCGUUGAGAGCCAUCCCUACAUGCCAGUUGAAUGCUACCGUCAAGGUUACGUGGAAGGUAUUGUUGAUUCGCUUGCAGUUCUUAGGACCUGUCUUGGUCUCACUGGUUUGUUGAAAAUUGGUGCAAGAACGUAUGGUAUUGAGCCUCUGCAGAAUUCCUCUGCCUUUGAACACCUUCUCUACCUCUCCGAAGAAUCACUGCCUAGUUUUUCAUCAUACAGAGCAGGGGUGGGAAGAACAAAACACCAAGCAAAAGAUCUGCGAAUCAGGCAAACCAGGAUGAUGUACGAUUAUCUCCAGUACGAAGAUUUCCCCAAAUAUAUCGAACUGUAUAUUGUAAUAGACAAAAAAUUAUUUGUCCAAGAAGGAAAUAAUGUCAGCAGAGUGCAAACUGUAGUGCUGGAUGUGGUGAACAUUGCGGAUGCCACCUUUGAGAGUCUCAAGACAAGCAUUGUCCUAGUUGGACUUGAGAUCUGGACUGAAAACAACUUGAUAGAUAUUUCUACAGACUUCACGGAAGUUCUUCAAAAUUUCAAUACGUGGAGAAUCACCAACAUGACCAACAGGACAGAGUAUGACACAGCCUUCUUGUUCUUUAAACAGGAUUUGAAAGGUGUCUUUGGACAGUCCUACCACUCUGCUAUUUGCAAGUCAAAUUUUUCAGCAGGACUCCAAGUCUACCUCCAGAACCAACUGACCCGCUUCGCAAGGGGAUUUUCUCACGAGUUGGCCUCUCAUAUUGGGAUGAACCAUGACGACUCCUACUGUGUCUGUGGCAAACACACAAGCUGCCUUAUGCACACGUACCACGCCUCUGUUAACCUGUUCAGUAACUGCAGCAUUCUGAAUUUCAUAGAACUUUCUGAACAGGGCUCCUUGGGUUGCUUGCUAAAUGUUCCUAGGAUACCUUCCAAAUUUAUGCACUGUGGGGACGGGGUUUUGGAUAUCGACGAGCAAUGCGAUUGUGGGAAAUCAAACACAUGCAUGGACGAUCCUUGCUGCACUCCCAAUUGCCAUUUGAAGAAACAUGCCCAUUGUGGGGCAGGAAAGUGUUGCCGAAAAUGUACGUUCGUUCCCAAAGGAGAAAUCUGCCGGGCUAAAGCCAGCGAAUGUGAUCUCCCCGAAUACUGUAAUGGGAAAUCUCCACAUUGCCCCAAGGACUUGUAUUUGCAGGAUGGAACACCCUGCAGCAAAUAUUCUUCUUACUGUUACAAAAAGAGGUGCUGGAAUCACGAUUUCUUAUGCCGCAGAAUCUUUAAAGGAGAGUCCAGAUCAGGUCACGAGAGAUGCUACCUCGCUCUGAACAUCCUCGGGACUCCCUAUGGCAACUGCGGCUUUGACCAUUCCAGGAAAGAAUAUUUGAAAUGCCAUCCCUUGCACAGCAUGUGUGGAAAAGUUCAGUGUAUAGAUGUGAAUUCUGCGCCUGAGCUGAAAGACAUGGUGAUUCAUAUGAAGGAAGUGCAAGGGACGACGUGCUGGAGCACUUCACAUCCCGCCGAAAUCCAUCACCAUGACAUUGGGAUUGUCCCCAACGGCAUUGUGUGUGACCCGUACAAAGUGUGCAUCAAUCGCAAAUGCGUCUCCAAAGCCGUACUUAAUUCGAGCUGCGACCCGCGGAAAACCUGCCGAGGCAGAGGUGUCUGCAACAACCUUCACAAAUGCCACUGCAAUAGCGGAUGGGCCCCUCCGAACUGCAAGUUUUGGGGUGCAGGAGGGAGCGUUGACGGAGGGUUUCCUACGAUUGCCUGGGGCGACUCCUUAGCAAAAUACAUCCUGGGAACCAUCAUUCCUUUUUGCAUGUUGAUUGUUGCUGCUGUUCUUUUGAUCUUUCCGAAAGUGUGGGAACUCAUGGGAUCAUUUAUGAGGUGGUGGAAAACUUCCAUGGAGAAAGCACUGAACCUCCCCCCCAAAUCAGACACCCAGGUAAGGGUGCCAGUUGAGACUCCCUAGAAGGCCCACAGAAAUUCACUCCAAAAAGUAGCUUCUCUUGCAACAAGCUCAUCUAAUGAUCAUAAAGUUAGCAGCCUGUUCAGAUUGUUCAGAUUAAACUUUCCAACGUGGAAAAGAGCAUUGAGAGCAAAACCCAAAUGGCUGCGCUAAAAUAGGUUGGGUCACUGCAACAUCAAAUCCAAUACUUUCCUCUAUUGAAAAAGGGAAAGGAAAAGGCG